GUGAAGACAAAAAGGAAUUUUUAAAACUACAAAUCCCUGAACAUUUUUAAAUGUUUUUGUAAUGUUCAGAGGAGGCACUUCAAUCCUUUUUUAACUUCCUGGAUAAUUUAGAACAGUUAUAUAUUUAGGUUGAUAUGCUAUAGGCAGAGCCUAUUUUUUAACAAAAGUAAUACAAUCUCCAAUAAUUGCUCAUUCUUCCGGGACAGCAACUUAACAAAGUUAUCACUGUCCGGUCAUCCUCUUCUCUCACUGCGUGCAUCCCACGCGCAUACCUAUCCAGGCUUCGCCUCUCGCGCUUCUUUUCUGAACAAUAACACACCAGAAAGGUGUUUUCCUACUUUUACGCGUUUACAAACCAGAUGCAAACACCGACAGGCGUUGAUUUGGCCUUUUAUCCAGAGUUUUAGAGUUGGUCGUCUGCGAUUCUUGUCAUCAUACAGAUGAUCUUCACUUAUGCGCGCGCCACCCCGCCUGCAGGAGCGCUGGACCACAGAGAGACGCACGAGGAGGGGAGAACAGUCUGCUGUGGCAAGCCUCACAUUGACACUUCAUUCUGCUUAGACGGACUUAGACAGAGUGUAGUUGGUUAGAGUUGGUCUGGAGGAUCCUCUGCACGCGCAUUCCGCUUGCUUCCUCUGUAGCCUUGUUUUCUGAUUUGUGACUGCACGUUUAAGAAGCAUUCAUGGUAAUAUGCUCAGUUGAUUGAGGUCAGUCGGGGCUUUUUCUGCAAAGUGCUGGCAGGUCUUUGACUGUUCUUGGAGUUAGUGCAUGUGUGAGAUCUUCUGUGCACCCCGCUGAUUACUUCUCACAUAUGAUCUGGCUCUUAACAAUGAUCGCUGAAGGUCACGUUUCAGUGCGUCGCACAACUAUUGUGCAUCUUUUCUUUUGCGACCGUGACUUGAUUUACAGAUAACAUUUUAAAUCGUAAGUAACUAAACCGAGUGUAACAGCAGGGAUGAUAUUUACACAUGUGUUUUGACCGGUAGACUAGUUUUAGUCCACUUUAUACCCACUAUGAUUUGGUUAAAACUUUGCUGUGCUCUCCUGCAGACGAUCUAGUAAACAGUGUCAAAUCAUAUGUAGCCUAGUUAAAGCGUGCCAGUCUGAAGAUGUUAGGAAGUCCGUCAAACAACGGCGGCAUCAGAAUGCUGGUGCCCCCGGAUCCGAACGAAGACAGGCGGGUAGAGUUUGUGGCUCUCACCGCUGUCCACACGGAGAGAAGCGAGCCCUCCAGCCCGGAGCGCGGACACCCGUCCCACCGCACCGGUCUGCUGGGGACCCCGCGGCCCGGGCCCCCCGGACACCGGGGCAACUCGUCCUCUCCAAACAAACGCUUCAGAAAGUUGCAGAACUGCAUGUACAACGUGCUGGAAAGACCAAGAGGAUGGGCAUUCAUCUACCAUGCCUUCAUUUUCCUGCUGGUGUUCAGCUGUUUGGUGCUGUCGGUAUUCUCCACCAUCCCAGAACACCAGAAGUUCGCCAACCAAGGCCUCUUCAUCCUGGAGUUUGUGAUGAUCGUGGUGUUUGGGUUGGAGUACUUCAUCAGGGUCUGGGCGGCUGGCUGUUGCAGCAGAUACCGUGGAUGGCAGGGACGGCUGAGAUUUGCCAGGAAGCCCUUCUGUGUCAUAGAUUUCAUAGUAUUUGUGGCAUCGCUGGCGGUGAUAGCAGCGGGGACCCAGGGCAACAUCUUUGCAACGUCAGCCCUACGCAGCAUGCGCUUCCUGCAGAUUUUGCGUAUGGUCCGUAUCGACCGCCGGGGAGGCACCUGGAAACUACUGGGCUCAGUGGUUUACGCUCACAGCAAGGAGUUGAUUACAGCUUGGUACAUAGGUUUCCUGGUCCUGAUCUUUGCCUCCUUCCUCGUCUACCUGGCAGAGAAAGACAUCAACUCAGACUUCAACACCUACGCAGACUCCCUCUGGUGGGGGACUAUUACUCUAACCACUAUCGGCUACGGUGACAAAACCCCUCGUACCUGGCAGGGUCGGCUCCUGGCUGCUGGCUUCGCUCUUCUGGGAGUCUCCUUCUUUGCCCUGCCUGCUGGCAUUCUGGGGUCCGGCUUUGCCUUGAAGGUUCAGGAGCAGCACCGGCAGAAGCACUUUGAGAAGAGGAGGAUGCCUGCUGCCAACCUGAUACAGGCCGCAUGGCGUCUCUACUCAACAGAUGCCAAACACUCCUAUCUGACAGCCACAUGGUACUUCUAUGACAGCAUGUUGCCUUCGUUCAGAGAACUGACGCUACUGUUCAGUCACCUCCAGCGGCAGAGUAAGACCAAGAAGGUUCUCCAGAACUCCUACCACACGCUGCUGUCUGGGCUGCGGCCCUACAGCCCCCCCCACCUGUCAGGGGACAGGAAGGCAGAAGUUCCAUGCAGCAGUAAAAUGGGCUUCCGGGAUCGUAUAAGGAUGAAUCAUUCCCGAUCAUCCCAGUCCAUUAAGAACAAGGGGUCUCAGAUGCCCACGGGCUCCGGGGUCCGCCGCUCCCCCAGCCAGGAGAACGUCCCCGAGGCCACGAGCCCAGGGAAGGUCCAGAAGAGCUGGAGCUUUAAUGAUCGCACACGCUUUCGCACCUCCCUUCGCCUCAAACCCCGUCCACCUGUUGAUGUGGAUGGGCUCGGGGAGGACAGUGUGGAAGACAAACCUUAUUGUGACGUGGCCAUGGAGGACGUAAUACCAGCAGUGAAGACACUCAUACGGGCUGUCAGGAUCUUAAAAUUUCUUGUGGCCAAGAGGAAGUUUAAGGAGACGCUGCGUCCGUACGAUGUGAAGGACGUCAUCGAGCAGUACUCGGCAGGACACCUGGAUAUGCUGGGCCGUAUCAAGAGCCUGCAGAUGAGGGUGGACCAGAUAAUUGGGCGAGGAGCCGUCCAGACCGAUAAGAAAAUGCGCUCUGAAAAGGGUGAGAAAACACUGCCAGAACUGGACCCACUGGAUGAGCUAAGCAUGAUGGGACGUGUUGUAAAAGUGGAGAAACAGGUACAGUCCAUAGAGAACAAGCUGGACCUCCUGCUUAGCUUCUACUCUCAGAAAGGCUCGUCCCACUUCACCCUGUCCACCCUCCUGGACCCCGACCUGACAUCUGACUACCAGAGCCCCAUGGACCAAAAAGACCUCUUCCCCUCCGCCAACACGCUCAACAUCUCCGAGAGCGGCAACCUGGAUUGACAGUGAGCCGAGUCGUCCCAACACAGACUCACAAACCCUUUACAGAACGUCUUCCUGCGGCUGGGUCCUCACCUUAAUGUCUUCCAUCAUUUCAUAUCUGUUUGGGAUGAUUUUUACCCUUUCAUCUCAAACCUCCACCCUCCCCCUUUUUCCUGAAGUGAAUGUGUUUCCAGAGCAGAUACAGAUGGAGGCCAGCAGAUGGCUCCACCUGAACACCCACUACAUGAGGAUGGAGAUGAAGAGAAGGCACAUGAACAAAUAUGACUUGAAUACUGAACCACUUUCACUCACCUCAUGCUAUAUAUCAAUGCCUCUUUUAAAGCUUUUAACUGAAGAUAGUCAGACUAUGAAUUUUUUUAUAUUUGGAGAAAUCUUGUCUUUUUUCCCCUCAUCAUCCCAUUUUUUUUUCAUGGCUGCUUGAAUCAACUGACUGAGAGUUUGCUGACGUAAACAGUGCUGCAAGUGCCAUGCCAGUCAUUUGUUCGGUACCAUAGCAUGGCUGUAAUGAAUGUAAUGGGUCCGACCUACACAUUUCCCAGCACCAGACAAACAGUAAAGCACUAAAGGAGCCAUUGACACUAAUAUAAUUUGACCCUUGGAUCUGGCUCGACAGCCCCCUCGCCAAAGCACCAAACCUCCGCGGUACACCUUCCUAACCAACAGUGGAGAUUUUAAUGUGUAAAUCCUGCUUUGAUUGCCCAUAAUGUUGAGCCGGAGGAAUGAGUCAGAGUGACUGAUGUGUACUGUACAUUGUUGUUUGUUUUCAUAUUCAUUCCCUCUCCCAGAUGUUACGUCUCUAUCAAGCCCACUUGCAAAAAAGAUUCCCUAGGCAUUAUUCCCUGUUUGGCUGGCAUUCAAGUGAGGAAUGUUCCUACCUAGUUAAGAUUUUAUAGAGCCAACAUGUCCUUUAACUGGUCUGAAAUCCCCUCUUUCCAAUGUCCCUUUGUCUUUUUAUCAUGCCCUUUAACCCUCUCUGUCUUGCAGCCCGUCCCCCAGACAUGCAUGUUACUGUAGAUGAAACCUCCCUGACCCUCGGUCUGAAUUUAGACAUUUAUAAAAAAUGUCGGUACUUCUCCUCAUCAAUCACAUCUAGCCUCAGGUCAGGUUUACCAUUUCAGCUGAUCCUCUUCUACUAAAGGAGGGUGAGUCUCCCUCCUACAGUCAUCAGACGGCAUGUGAUCUCUGGCCAGUUUUAAACAAAGAACCACCUGUAAGGCGUCCAGGUCUAACGCAUGAAUUCCAGGCCAUUAUCCUCAUGAAUGCACGUGUCUUAGGAAAUGGUUCCAGCCUUACAGCUUCACCCAUAGGUGUUACUGGCUGUUUACUCUCUUCUGUCUUUUCGGCUUUCUUUCUUGGACAUGUUAGAUGCACAGUUAACGUUCUGUGCUUGUGGACAAAACUGGAGAGUGCACACACGCACAAACAUACAAACACACACAGACGCAAAGAAAGCAAUUCCUUUACUUAAAUACUUUGGCACUUGAUGAAUAUAACACAUUUUUGUCUUUUUAUCUUUGUGUUUGAUUUCUUUACUGUAAUUAUGUUCAUGCACUCGAUUUUGUGUAACCCAUACGGCAAAGUGUUGUGUUUUUUUUGUAAUGAUUUUGGUUGUUAAAGUAAAUGUAGGAUUUAAAUUAAUAUAUUUAAUUGAGUUAGAUAUGAUCUUCAAAUACAUUUAGCAUGUUUCCUUCAAGUUGAAUCAUGGAUGACACAACGGUAACUAAACACAGCUGAUCAGGUUCACACUCACCAAUCGCAGAGCUCAUAAUGUAUAUAUUUUUAAACAUCAUCAGAUAAUUGCUGCCAGCUUCGACUAAGAAAACAUUUACCAUAUUGUAUUUGGCCAGUGGACACAGUUCUUCUGUCCCUUCAUGUAUUUAUUCCAGUCAAACCAGUUGACUCAGGUGCUCCACUUUUCCAUCCAAGCUAAACUCAGACUUCAAACAGUGAAUGUAUUUCAUUGGUCUAAUGGCGCUUCAGAGCUUACAGUGUGCAUCAUACACAUUUUGCAUUCAUUUUGUAGAAAAAUACCAGGUCGCUUCGUUGGCCUAAACUAUAGUAAGGAAUUAUUAGGGGCAUUAAAAGUGCUUUCACUUCAUUGUCACCUGGAGUGUUAAGCUUCAUGAAAAUGUGAGAUCACUGUAUUGCAUGUUGUUGUUCGUGGUGGCCCCAGUAUUAGAAAAAGAAGAAACAAUAAGGAUGUCUCCUGUUGAGUCAUGACUCAUGAGUCAAGACAUAAAAAGGAAGUGUGACCUGUGCCUUCUAUGUCCUUGUUCUGUAACUGAGCGGCUUUCUGUUUCAAAUGUAAACAUAGAUGCUGCUUUAACCAAGUAUUUUACAUAAUAGAUUUUUUUCCUAUUUAAAGAAAUAAAAAUUGUUCUUAAUAUGUACUUUUUAGGGUAUUAGUCUCUCAUGACUGCUGCAACCUUUGAUAUGUUCUGAGUAUAUUACUGUGCGUUUAGCAUAUCAUUGUAACUCCAGCAGAGCCUCCGAGCAUCGAGUCCCUUACUGUAUGUUAACAGCAGUCAGACCUGCAGGCAUGGACAUUUGUAUGGUCACAGGAAACUCUGCAGGCAUGAUCCGUCCAUAAGCAUGUCACAUAGAGAAGUAUGGCUUCCACACAACUACCUCUGAGGCCACUGAGGCGCUAGUCUAGGAAACCAAGUAUGAAACAGUGGAGAUUGUCCAGCUGACUGAAUGCUAUGCAUGACUCAAUCUGCACGUUCUCUUCUUCAUGACGUGCGACCAUCCAUCUUUCACUGACUUGCUGCCAUUUGACAUUCCAGCUCGCUGCCCUUUAACUGCUCUCUUAGGAAUUGGAAGUCUUGUUAAAAUGAAACAGAUCAAAGCAAUAAGCAAGUACGCUGAAGCCAACAAAGUCUUCCGAUUCAAAUUGAUGUAGCUACUGGUUGAUGAAAUAUGGCGCUUUUCUUAUUUUUUAAUCUAGUGCACACCUAUAUUAGAUAUUUUUAAGAGAUACAUAAAGUGUAUCUGCUGAGGAUAA